GUUUUUUAAGCUAACACCGCGGGGGGGCAGCAGCUCGUUCCCGCGCUGCGACUCCUCAACUUUGCCCCCCGGAAGCGGAAGUUCUUUCCUUUCUAGUUUCUGCUUCAUUUAGAGACACACAGAGGUGGGUACUUCUCAACGUUUAAUCCGAUUUCUAUCUGCCUUUUAGGUGAUCAUCCUGUUUUUAAACGUGUCUGAACUUAAUCUGUGAUCGUGUUUGUGUCGGUUCGUCGUUAAAUUGUCCCGUUGAGUGCAGUGUUUGACCGAUUAAAUGAUGUUUUUCUGUCCGGUUUGUGUCGGACUGUGAGCGGCUGCGGUAGGCCGCCAUGUUGUGUCUGCAGUGGAGAGUUAAGGAGCGGGAAAAACAGCGAUUAAACUUAAAUUUAAUCAUUAUUCACAGUCCAGAGAGAUAAUUACAGUCGUUUUUGAGUUUGUGGGGUUGAUUUAUGUAGAGGUGGUGAGAGGUGGUCGCUGGUUAGUUAGUGCUAACAGGCUAAUGUUGGUCUUUCUGCAGUAAAUUAUUGAUGUUAAAGUAAAAUUAUCGUGGUUUUUAGCUCUGAUAUUUACUGCCUGACUCUUAAGAGAAAUACUUGUACAAAUGUCGGUUUUUAAAAGGUAACAGUUUGUAAUUAAACGAGUUAGUAUCUGCCACCAUGUGACUGUUUUCAGCCCGGUGGGUCCAUUAUCGGACAGGUGUGUUUUAAUAUCAGAGUUUUUAGGAUAAAUUUGAAUAUAAUUACUGCUGUUUCAGGUGUGUGAGAAGGAUUAUAGUACAGCUAAACAAACCUCAACCAAAACGCCACUCUAUAGAGAGACUAAACACAACUCACCUACUCUCUUCCAGCAGACGCUUGUUUGUAGAGAGACCUCAGGCCAGUCCAUUACAGACUACAGCGGGGUGCCGCAGCUCAAGGAAGAACAUUUAUGAUCAUUUCUUCAUGGAAAUACAAUCAGACCGAGACGCUAAGACAGAAGAACUACCGCGUCUGUAAAAUGAUCAAUAUGGUGAUUAUUACUUCAAGGAAAUGAUGAAGAAAUUAUCAUAAAUGUUCUUCCUUGAGCUGCGGCACCCCGCUGUAGUCUGUAAUGGACUGGCCUGAGGUCUCUCUACAAACAAGCGUCUGCUGGAAGAGAGUAGGUGAGUUAUAUUAAUUUUAUGCCGGAAUAUCCCUUUAAAGAAGUGUUGAGUUUUUGGGUCCAGAUUCAUUUGUCUGUGACUUUGAGACGUUUCUGGUCUGGAGAUCUCCGGAGAGGAGCAGCAGGUCGUUCUGGACAGAAAUGUGUUUUUAUUUCUCUUCUCUUUGCUCAUAUGGCUGUUUGGUUGUUUAAUGAUUUCAGGAGGUUUUAGAGUUUUUUAUGACCUGUAAUUUUUCACGCUGACACUUUUCUGUUCCUGCUCAUGAAAACCACUUUAAUGCAGGUUUUUAUUUAAACUCUGAGAAACUGACGGCAGAGUCUGUGUCUGUACCUGACUGUAGAGCGUAGACGUGCACACAUAGAUUCACACACAGGUUAGACGGCCUCUGCCUCACCUGUUCAUGUUGUGCUCUUCUAAACGAACACGCAGCUGUGACACCGAUAUCUGAGCGGAUCAAUAAUGAUGAUUUUUAGUGAUGUGUUGAGAUUGGAGGCAGUUUUCUGCUCCUUCUCAGGUCUCAGAGCUGCUGUUAGAGGAGAUUUAAUAUCAGAAACUAGAUUCAAUAUUGAAGUUUAAUAUAAUUUUACUACAUUUUUAAUGCUGAAAGUACAAAAAUACAAAUCACCGUCUCUCCAUGUUAGAACAUAAAUAACCAGAAGAAAAAGGAGGAGUUAGUCUGGAUUUAGUCGGUUUAAACCCUCUGACGUGUGAAUAAAUGUCUCCUCCUCCUCCUCCUCAGACGAUGGCUCCUCGUAAAGGGAAGGAGAAGAAGGAGGAGCAGGUCAUCAGUCUGGGUCCUCAGGUGGCUGAAGGAGAAAAUGUCUUUGGAGUUUGUCACAUCUUCGCCUCCUUCAACGACACCUUCGUCCACGUCACUGACCUGUCCGGGAAGUAAGUCUCAUGCACUGAGCACGUGCACACACACACACACACACACACACUUAAAUACCAGAUAUCAACAGAACAUAAAACGACCCGACACUGAUGGAAACGUUUACCUCUCUGUCUGCUCAUUUUGAUCCACGAUCGCUCUAAAAUCCUGAUGUUCCUGAACUCGUCACGGGCUGGAAUAAAAAGAGAAUCAUUAAAAAGCGUCAGACUGAAGUGUCUGUGUGUGUGUACCUGCUCUCUGAUUGGCUGCUGUGUUUCCAGGGAGACGAUCUGCCGUGUGACAGGUGGGAUGAAGGUGAAGGCGGACAGAGACGAGUCGUCUCCAUACGCCGCCAUGUUGGCUGCUCAGGACGUCGCUCAGCGCUGCAAAGAGCUCGGGAUCACGGCGCUACACAUCAAGCUGAGGGCCACCGGGGGCAACAGGUAACACACACACACACACACACACACACACACACACACACACCUGUCUGUACACACACACUGGUGGAGCUGACACUAACAGCUGGUCUGUUUCAGGACAAAGACUCCUGGUCCUGGAGCUCAGUCCGCUCUCAGAGCGCUGGCUCGCUCCGGCAUGAAGAUCGGACGUAUUGGUGAGUAAAAACGAAGAAACUCUACGAUCAGAGACUCGACGUGAAAAUCAUCGGACAAAGAUUCAGUGACUGAACACCUGAUUCCCUCUGUUCUGACUUUGUUUCUUCUCCCUUUUUCUUCUUCGUUGGUGUCUGCAGAGGACGUCACUCCGAUCCCGUCAGACUCGACCAGGAGGAAGGGCGGUCGUCGCGGUCGCCGUCUGUAAACUGCAGCAAAGAUUUUCUGACAAUAAAAAGGUUAAAGUCCACCUGUCUGUGUGCGAAGUCUCUGUUCCCAUCAGGUCUCUCUGAGCAGGACUCGGGUUCUGUUCCCUCAGAGGGUCCGCUUUAACUUCAGACUGAAGUUCUGAACUAACUUUAAAACACCGACAGCGGUCCAGAGUUUGACUUGUUCUCAGCUCUGUCCUCAUCAGGGUUUUUCAUCAGUGACUCAGAAAUGUAAAAGAUGAUUUCAUCAGGUCAGUUUGAUCCUCACAGAAAAGAUCUGAACGUUUGAACAAACAUGAAGGAAUCCGCGGUCUGAGAGGACGUUCAUUCAGUGGUUUAGACCGGGGGGGAAAAGAUCACAGAAAUCAAACAAAACUAAAGUCAUUUUAAACUUUCUGGUUUUAAGAAACACUAAAAGAAAUGAAGGAAAUACAGGGUGGUACUCGGAAACAGUUUCUGUUUUUUAGAGGGAAAAAAUGAUGGGAUCACCCAAAACUAACACCUGCAUCAGAUCAGAUCUGCUCACGAGUCUGCGGUUUAAGAGAAGUGAUCACACCUUGGUGAGCUUGUUGAACCGAGUGGACUGACAUGAAUCACGGCUCCAACACGGUUGAUAUAAAAUAAAACAGGAGAGGAUCAUCAAACUACUGAAAGAGGGAAAAUUAUCAGGACAUGUUUGUUUACAGUCGAGAAUCUGGACCA